CAACGGACGCGGUCGGUUCGAGUUCUCUGUGUCGCUCGUCCAAUUAGCCAAACACAAAGUGCGAGUGCUGGAAUCGGGCGUAUAUAUAACCCUUACCCGCUGAUACGAUAUCGAAUCGGAAAGAAGCAUCUUUGCGCAAUGAAAACAAAGCUAUAACGAUGACGCAGCAAUCAAGGCUUGUCUAAAAAAAAAUUUCGCAACGCCCGCUACUCGGUAAAGAAGAAGAAGAAGUACAAUAAAGAGAUACUAUGACGUAGGGGCAUACGUAUACGUUAAACCAGAUUUGCACCUACAUAGUACAAGAACAACUCGCUCUUAAGCUCAAGUUCACUGCCAAGCACCCAAGAGAGAAAGGGAGAGUGAGGGAGAGAGCGAAAGCUUGAGAUUGAGCUUGGGAGCUUUUGCAUCGGCACCUAAAAAACGCGAGACGUGAAAUUCAAAAUGAGAAACGAAACCUCAUCCAGCGAGACAACACCGCUGCGGCGGCCGGAGACCCAAUCAACCGAUAACGUGGCCCAAACCAACCGACAAACGACGGUAAACGUUGUUAACAACACCCACAGUAAUAACAACAAUAACUACGGUGAUUCGGUGGAAGUGCGUUUGCAAGAGGGAGAUAGCACACAACAACAACAACAACAGACAGCCACCAUGGAUACCAACAAACGAAUUCUUUGCCGCGUUGGCUUGGAUGUUUUAAUACUGCUCUGCGCUGGUUUUCCCAUACUGCUGUUUUUCCUGCUUGGCGAACCCUACAAGAGGGGCUUCUUCUGCGAUGACGAGUCGCUGAAGCAUCCGUUCCACGACUCCACGGUCCGGAAUUGGAUGCUAUACUUUAUUGGAGGGGUGAUACCAGUUGGCGUGAUACUCGCCGUGGAGGUGUUAAUUUCACAGAACAAGGCCAAACAGGAUAAUGGCAAUUCCACCAGUCGGCGGUAUGUCUUUAUGAACUACGAUCUGCCCGAUUGGCUGAUCGAGUGCUACAAGAAGGUGGGCAUCUAUGCAUUUGGAGCCGUCCUCAGUCAGUUGACCACGGAUAUAGCGAAAUAUUCCAUCGGCCGGCUGCGUCCCCAUUUCAUCGCGGUGUGCCAGCCGCAGAUGCCCGACGGCACCACCUGCGACGAUCCAAGCAAUGCGGGGCGGUACAUCCAGGAGUUCACGUGCAAGGGAGUCGGUUCGUCGGCGCGCAUGCUCAAAGAGAUGCGCCUCUCCUUCCCCAGCGGACACUCCAGCUUCACCUUCUUCGCCAUGGUCUAUCUGGCGCUGUACCUGCAGGCACGCAUGACCUGGCGGGGCUCCAAGCUGCUGCGUCACCUUCUCCAGUUCGCUUUCAUCAUGGUGGCCUGGUACACGGCUCUAAGCCGCGUCUCUGACUAUAAACACCACUGGUCCGAUGUGCUGGCAGGAUCGCUGAUUGGAUCCAUUUGCGCCUUAGUUGUGGCCAACUAUGUCUCGGACUUAUUUCAAAAACCCAACACGAAGCCUUAUUUGGCGCGUACAGUGCAAGACAUGAAUGGACCGCCACCACAGGGCAUAACGAUUACUUCAAAUUAACCCCCUGCAGCAGUGCAUCAUAGUUACUACAAAUUCCACGAAUUGUAGCCGAAGCUGGAAUCUUCAGCUCUGCAUUAUUUUGGAUUUAAAUAUCGGGACAGUGAAGCCUAGCUUUGCGCAACUCCUACUUAGUUUAUUUCUGUACUUGCAUUUUAUAAGCUCUGUGUGAGUGCAUAAGUGUGCGUGUGUGUGUUUGUUGCAAGUGCACUUUAAUUUUUAAGAUAGGGCAAUUGAAAGAAAUCUGUAUGACGGUAUUUAUUGUACUAAACUAAACAAUUUUUAACUGACGCAACAAUUUCCAUAAAACAAGUGACCUUCACAACAAAGCUGCACAAAAAAUAAAUGGAAGCAAUAAGUAUUAUGUAAUUUAAGAUAUAAGCUUUAAAUAAGAUAUUUAAAUAAUUUUUAAGUUGAUGAUUAAAUAUGCUUAAAUUAUAAUUUUAAACGAAACGUAAGCAAGUUGUUUUAAGCUGAACAUUUUCAAUGCAAAUAAAAUUAUAUUAGAACAAA